GCCAUCUGCUUUUUCCAACAAAAGAAAGAUUAUGAACUUGUUUUUGUUUUAUCUUUUCUGCCAGUUUUUAUCAGCAGAGAAACACUCUUUGAAGUUUCUAAUGACCGGAUCUUCAGGACUCUCUAACUUCCCAGAGUUAGAAAUUACUGUGAUGGGAGACGAUAACUCAGUUGCAGUUUGCGACAGCCGCAACAAAUCAAUAAAGCACAAUUAUGACUGGGUUGAUAAAUUUCUCAAAGACGACCCUGGGCUACACGACUGGUUCAACUUGCAGUGUUUUGCACAACUGCCAUACUUUAGAGAUUAUAUGUCUGCUUUGAAGAAACAAUUCAGACAACAAGAAGGUGUCCAUUUUUUACAGUUGAUCAGUUCCUGUGAGACAGAUGAGGAGACUCAGAAUGUUAAUGCUGUUUUACUGUAUGGUUAUGAUAAAGAAGAUUUAAUUGCGCUGGAUUUUAAGACUCUGACUUGGAUUGCUCUAAAACCAGAAGCCAUACCAUUUAAAAGGGUAUGGGACACUGAAAGAGAGAGGAUUUUGCUCGACCAGAGAAUUCUUAUGCAGAUGUGCCCUGAAUGGGUGAAGAGAGGCUUGAAAACAGGGAAGGACUUUCUGCUGAGAACAGAGCAUCCCUCCUUGUUUCUGCUGCAGAAGACUCCUACUAGUCCAGUUACCUGCCACGCUACAGGCUUCUAUCCUAAAAGAGCCCUGAUGUUCUGGAGGAAAGAAGGGGAAGAGAUUCAUGAGGACGUGGAACAUGGAGAGAUCCUUCCAAACGAUGAUGGGACCUUCCAGAUGAGAGUUUACCUUAACAUCUCUUCAAUCAGUCUUGAAGACUGGAAGCGAUAUGUCUGUGUGUUUCAACUCAUAGACAAAGAGGAAAAAAUUAUCCAACUUGAUGAAGCAGAAAUAAGAACCAACAGAGAGAGACCCAGUAACUCAACAAUCCUCAUCAUAGCUGUUGUGUUAUCAUCUGUUCUGGCUUCCAUUUGGGCUGCUGGAUAUGUGGCCUAUAAAAAGAAAACAGUUCCUGAGAGGAGGUUGGAGCUCACUGAGACGCUGAACCCAGAGACUUGAUCAACAAACAGUUGCCUGGUGUGGGGAUGUCUGUGUCUGUGAAAUAGUGCAUUCUGUACAUGCAUAAUAGAGGGAUUUGUUUUGCAGACCAGAUAGGCGAUGAGUUAAACCAAGUUCUUUACUUUUCUAAAACCUGUUUCUUUUCUCCACAGAUCAGAUUCAAAUGAAAACUUACUAAACCUGAUUUGAUCUUAUCAUAGUUUCACUUUGCACCAGGCAAAACUAUUCAGUAGAUGAAACUUUAAGAUUUCAUGAUGGGUAUUAAUGACAUAUUAUAAAGAGACCAAAGAUUUGUGGCUGAAGACAGAA